AGGUGUUUGAUGACAUGCCUAUCAAGGGUAUACGGUACCUGUCCCAUUCUACUGACUCUCUGUGCAAGACCAACCUGGUCAAUGAAUCUACAGAGUCACUCACAGACGAAGGCACAGAGAUGAUUGACAGUCAGCUAAUGGGGGAGUUUGAGGAAGACCUGAAAGAGCUGGAAGCAGACUCCUGGAGCAACGUUAUGGACAGCAACUUCCUCAAACAUCUGAAGAAGGACGUCAUCAAGAGACAGGAGGUCAUCUACGAGUUGAUGCAGACAGAGAUGCACCACGUGAGGACCCUGCUGAUCAUGAUGGAGGUGUACAGUAAGGGUCUUGUGAAGAAGCUGCAGCUGGAACCUCAGACAGUAGACAGGCUGUUCCCUGCCCUGGGGGAGCUCCUGGACCUCCACACCUCCUUCCUGACACGUCUCCUGGAGAGGAAGAGAGAGAGCCAGCUGGAGGGGGAGGACAGAGGAUUCAUCAUCAACAAGAUAGGAGACAUCCUGGAGACACAGUUCUCAGGGACCAAAGCAGCGAUAAUGAAGAGAGUCUACGGGAAGUUCUGCAGCCGCCACAACGAGGCCGUAAACAUCUACAAGGAGCUGCACUCCAAAGACAAACGCUUCCAGGCCUUCAUCAGGAAGAAGAUGAGUAGCAGUAUCGUCCGGAGGCUAGGUAUCCCAGAAUGCAUUCUGUUAGUCACCCAGAGGAUCACCAAGUACCCCGUCCUGAUGCAGAGAAUACUACAUCACACCAAAGAGAAUGAGGAAGACCAUGAGGACCUGAGCGAUGCUCUAUACCAGGUCAAGGAGGUCAUCACUGCAGUGGACAGCAAGGUGAACGAGCAUGAGAAGAAGAGGAGGCUGAAGGACAUCUACAGCCGAACAGACAGCAAGUCCAUUAUGAGGAUGAAGAGCGGUCAGAUGUUUGCUAGAGAGGACCUGCUCAGAGGGAGAAGAUUGCUGUAUGAUGGACCUCUGCAGCUGAAGAACUCACAGGGGAAACUCAAGGAUGUAACUGCCAUGCUUCUCUCUGAUAUCGUCGUCUUCCUACAGGAGAAAGACCAAAAAUUCGUCUUUGCCUCUCUGGACCAGCGCUCCACGGUCCUCUCCCUCCAGAAGCUGAUCGUAGAGGUGGCUAACGAGGAGAAGGGUCUCUUCCUGAUAACAGCAGGGACGGAGAAACCAGAGAUGGUGGAGGUACACACUGCAACCAAGGAGGAACGCAACACCUGGAUGCAAAUCAUACAGGAGGCCAUGCAGUCCAUAGAGAAAUAUGAGGAUGAGGAGAACCCCAGUGAAACAGAGGAGGACAAGAGACUGCUGGAGACCAAAGCUAAGGAGAUGAGAGAGAUGCUGAGGAAGAAGGAUGAGCACAUCAUGUGUAUGUUGGAGGAGAAGAUGGCCGUGUUUAGGGAGAUGUGUGAGGUCCGGAGCCCUGGAACCCCCCCAGGAUCAGGCCCAGGAGAGGACCAGGGCCCCAGCCAGGUCACCAGGGCCAAGGGGCUGUUCAGGGCUGGGAGCGGAGCGGGCUCUGAGGACAUACCUAAAGGAGAACCCAUCAUAAAGGGAGCACUACAGGAAGUGGAGACGUUGCAGGCGCUGGUGAACGGUACUCUGGGAGGAGCGAUGGGGGGGCAGCAGGUGGUAUGGGUCCCAGAGACAGAAGGAGGAGGAGGAGUGGUGGGCCCGGGCCCUGUAUGUCUCCUUCGCAGGGCCGAGACCUUCGGAGGCUUUGACUCUCAGCAGAUACACAUCUCUAAGAAUGGGGACAAAGAAGAGGGAGAGGACAGAGCAGACCUUCGCAGGACAGAGUCAGACGGUGUACUGAAGAAGGGGGAGAAUGCGACCAUGAUGCUGUUACUGAAGAGGAACACUGAGCAGGUCCUCCACAGUGUGAGCCACAUCCAUGACUUGCUCAGCACCCUGCAGGCAGUGGUAGUCCAGCAGGACAGCUUCAUUGAGGAUCAGCGCCAGGCUCUCACCAACCGCCCCGAACGCCUCACCUCCUUCUUCUCCUCCCGUCCCUCCUCCCGCCACAACUCCCUGAUCGAGCAGGAGAAACAGCGCAGCCUGGAGAAACACAGGCAGGAGACGGCCGCGCUGCAGCGCCAGCAGGCCACACACGACCAGGAGAAGAGGAGGAGGGAGAGGGAGUGGGAGGUGCGGGAGCAGCAGCUGACAGACAGGGAGGUGCAGCUCCUGGUACAGGAAGAGGAGACGGGGAAGAGGAGCAGGGAGCUAGUUACGGAGAGGGUGGAGCUACAAAGGAAGAAGAAGGACUAUCUGAUAGAUCUAGAGCGACUGAGAGACGCUCAGGGGAAACUAGAUCGAGACAGAGAAAACAUACACCGAGAAAUGGAGAGGGUAGAACACAUGAGAAUGGCUAAGAGGUGGAUACAGAGAACUCCCUCUUCUACCUCAGACGACUCCCCCCACUUCCCCUCCUCUACCUCCCUGGACAAAGAUCCAAUGGACCCGACUGAGCUCUCCUCCUCCCCCAGGAAAGAAUCCCUGACCUCGUCAAAAGGGAAGAGCCAAAGCCCUUUCUCUGAGGCCCCGGCCCUAAAGGCCCCUAGUGGCGACAGUCAGAACCAGAUACCUAACAGACUGCUGCAACUGGCUAAAGACAGGAGCAAGAACAAGAAGGACAAGAAGAAGAAGGAACAGGGAGGACAGUCACCAG